AUGAGUGACGUUACCGUUAAGCAUUUCAUCCACGAUAAAGAGCAGCUGAAGAGGUGGAAGAAGUUCUUCAUUACGAUUCUUGAUCGCAUAACUUGCGAUCAAGCUUCAUUUCACCCAGUACUUACAGAUGAAGGACUUUGUUGUGCAUUCAACACAGUCGAGUCAAAACAGAUGUUCAAAAAUGCCAGUGAUCAUGUUUACACUGCUCCCAAAUCGAACAAAUAUGUUGCAGUACCCUGGACUCCGGAAUCUGGAUACCCCAAAGCACUGCCAAAUGAUUAUUAUCCCGCUGCAGCCAUUGGAACUGGAUACUCUAUGGGAUUAACGGUAAUACUCAACGCUGAAAUUGCCGAAUACUACUGUUCCUCGACGAAUGGAGCUGGGUUCAAGUUUCUACUUCAUUCACCAAUUGAGACCGCUGAAGUCGGUGAUAAUGGUUUUUCCUUACAAGUUGGUCACGAAACUCGAGCAGUCAUUUCGCCAAUAGUUUCCGAAGCUACAGACACCAUUCGUGAUUUGAGCCAGCGUGAUCGGCAGUGUCUCUUCAACAGCGAAAUCGAUUUAUCCUACUUCAAAACGUAUUCCCAACGAAAUUGUGAAUUGGAGUGUGAAGCACGUCAAAUUGCUGAAAGAUGCAAAUGCAUUAUGCACUACAUGCCUCGUGUCAUACCAGAAAUCGCCAUUUGCAGUGUGAGAGACAUGCCAUGUGUUCAAGCUGCUGACGGCAAGGCCCAAAUUGCGAACCAAAACGGAAAUAAUUGCAGCCAAGACUGCAUAGCUGCUUGCUUCGAUAUAACUUAUUAUGUGAAGACGUUCUCCGCCCCUAUUUUGCGAGGAGCCUUUGCUUUGAAACACAACGCUCUUCAAAGGGUACCUCGGGACUAUGCGGAAAAAAACCUUGCUGUGGCCCAUUUCUACUACACAUAUAACAGCUUCCGAAGUCGUGUGAGGCAGCAAUAUGUUGGGUUCACCGAUGUUUUGUCAAACACUGGAGGCUUAAUGGGACUAUUCGUUGGAUUCAGCGUCAUCUCAGUAGUUGAGGUGUUAUAUUAUGGAACCCUUAGACCGUAUUGCGUUAGUCGGAAGGAGAGUUCUCAAGCUGAACACACCCCAGCAGUUAAGACUAGGAUGCUCCAAAUUAAACGUCGCAAGUUUUGGGCCCACAAUAUCAGCAAUCCGGCAGUAAGGAAUGAAAUUCUCAAAUCUAAUGGGUGGCAAAAGUAGAAAAGCGUCACUAUUGGAUCAUACCUUAAUGGAGAAUAUUUACUAUGAAUAGUGACCACAGUUGACCAUCAUAUAAGAAUAAAAAUAGUAUUAGAAAAGAAUUGAAACAUAUAACAAUAAGAAACCACAAUUACAAUGCACACACCAGAUAACUCCCUUCUAAAUUGCAUUUAAGCUGCACUUUGAAUUUU